AUUUUGUUCGUAUAGCUUCGCAUCCGCAACUUAUUGUGCAUCUCCGGCUGUGCCGGCUAUCAUGGAUAACAUCAAUGUUGAUGAGGUAGACGCGAAAGCUAAACGCCCAAUUCUACGACGCGAGGGUUCGACAACGGUUCCUCCUCCGCCCCCUUCACAGCCACCACCGGCUCCGCCGCCACAACCAGAUCCCACAGACUCUCUGAGUCUGCCACAGCUGAGACAGUUGGUGGGACAGUUUCCGAAAGCGGAACAGACUCCCUACGCUUUUCACUAUCAGGAUGCCGAGGACUUUGACCACGAGAUUGACCAGUGGUUUCAUUACACCGAACUUGAACAGGAUCGACAGUAUCUGCUAGCUUCUCUUGAGGCAUUUGAACAGAGGUGGAAGCUUUUUUGUCGGUCGGAAUCUAUAUCCGACGACUCAAAAUGGACCGCGGUCCCCGAAGAUCGACGACGGACGUUCGUCUCGGGUCUUGUCAAUGAUCUGGACGACGAAGAGUACAACCUCCGCGUCGAAGCCCUGUUCUCCAUCUACUAUAUCUUAAUGGGUACCUGGAGCACCACUUCCGGACUGGAAACGAAAGAGGCCGUCACUGACGAAGAAUCUUUCCCCCACUCUGAAGAUGACCGUUGGAAUGUCGUUCAGGUUCAGUGGAUGCACAGUGGAGCGGACAUAAUGGAGCAGUGUUCGGUUAUUCCCCGUCUUUAUGCUUGCUUGAUUCAUGCAUCAAAGGCUCCUGACCUGACCCAUCCCCCACAAGCCGCCGAUGGUGAAGAGACAACCGAGGGAGCCUUUGGCGAGAACGAGUACCGAGAGCUCAGUUUAUGCCUUUCUUGCUUCUAUAUUUUGAUCGAGUCUUCCCGGGUUCGAAUGGAAACAGCUGCUGGCCAGGCCAUACGAAAUUCCAUCUCGGCCUUACAACCAAACUUCCUAGUCUUUCUUGUCGGCAUGAUUUCACGUUUACGAUGGGACGAACUGUACAAUAUACCCCUCAUGCAUGCAUUACAACUCUUCUGGAAGUCGAUUCUACUAUUGUUUGGGGAUGUCUCGGGUCACCUGGACAAGGUCAAAAGCAUAUUACAACCGCGCGUGGAGCCAUUUUCUGCAGAAGCCGCCCAUCCCGUUCUCACAGCGUCUCCGUUGGAUUAUCACCUUUUUCGACAGGAAAUCACCUCCAAAUACCCGGCAUACAAUCCCCCGCCACCCAUAAUACCCUUGGAGAUUGAGCAGAAGACCAUGUUGCCUCCAUUGUCAAACCAGUCUCGGAGUGAUAUCCAUGGCUCUGUAGGGGGUAGUAUGAGUGGUGCGGCAACCCGGGGAUCAAUUCUUCACCAACCCGUCCACAUCGCUACUCCCGCCCCUUCACCACCCCCAUCACCCAUUGGUCCUGGUGGAAAAGCUGGUAAGAAACAGAACUAUCAGACCAACCAGAACUUCCCGUUUCUCUAUCCGCCACUGGAUAGCACCAGCGACAAUAUCGGCGGAAAGGGAUCGACAAGAGUUCAGGAUAUGAUGGUGGGCAAGACGUGGGAAGGCAGUGAUGUCCCUCUCUCUAUUAUCGAAGCGGGAGAACUGUUCGCUAGUCGUAUGAGGAUGACACGAGCAAUGCGCCAACUUUGGAGAGAAAGAGAUUUGUUCAUGAAGUAUGAAAGAGGCUGGAAAGGAGAGACAAAAGAUGAAACGAAAGAAGACCAAGACGAAAAAAACGAGGAAGAAAAGGAACUUGAGACCCUCGAGGAUCCCGACUUGCGUUCCCGUAUGUUGGCAGUGGACCAUUUCUUCCACCAUGCUCUGCCGGAUCUGCAAUCUUUGGUCAUUGUGAUGAUGAAAGUGAUGCUCACCAACGUACAAGAUAUUGCUGUCCGCAAUGGUGGUGCCCAAGAAGCCACGCAAACCGGGGGGCUGAAUCGCACAAAGUCGAAUUCUAACAUGGCCCAGAACCAGACGUUACCCAUGCCACCACCACCGCCUCGCCCCAACGAAAUGACUCUGGAAGAUCUGGAUAAUGUCCGCUCUCGAGAGAUCAGCCAACAAGCAGUAUCUGGCGCGUUGUUUCUCCUGUUGAAGUGGUUCAAGGUGUCUCACAUUUUGAAGUUCGAAUACAUGACCCAGCUGCUUCUGGACUCUAACUACGUGCAGCUCACCUUGAAAUAUUUUGCGCAUCAGAACCUGGAGGACCUCGUGGCUUUCAGGUACGACCGAGAUGAUCUAAGCGUCUGGCACUAUUGUCAUGUUCACUCCGACCAUCCACCCUUGUCCCCAACCAGCCCGGACGAAAGGUCAGAAGCGUCAGAUGGAGAUGAGGCUAUUCCCCCACCUAUUUCGCGGCACAGAAGGUCACCGACCGCGCGAUCCGAGGCCCAACCUACUAUCGACCAAAACAAUACACAACAACAGACGCAACAGGAUCUAGAUGCCGAUGCUCGUCCCUCUGUCGAUGAGCUUGGCAACCCGCUUGGUCCUCUCCCCACGAGCCCGAUUACUACCUAUUCAUUUCGGCAGUUCCAAACCUCGAUUCAUUUGCUUCGAGUCCUACAAAAGCUGACGCGGGGGAAAUCUCACCGCAUCUUAUUCCUCGUUCAAUUUAAAUCUUCUCAAAUUUUGCGCCGGGUUCUGCGCGUACCAGACCCAACUCUCCGCUUAUACGUACUCAAGUUGUUCAAAUCACAAGUCCCUUAUUGUGGUCGGAAAUGGCGGCAAAGCAACAUGCGGGUUAUCACUGCAAUCUACUUGCACUGCAGGCCAGAAUUGAGGGACGACUGGUUGGCCGGGAUGCACGAUGCCAACGUGGAGGGGGAGGUCGACGAGGCAGUGCCGCUUGAGUGGGCGCUCAGAGGGCUUACCUUCUGGUGGCAGAAAAGGAGGUAUCCGGACGUCACAAGGAAGGGGAAAAAAGGCUCGGAAGUAAAAGCCGAGGGUGAUGUUGACGAAAAUGAAGUUCGACUUGACGAUAUUGACGAUGACGAACGCGACUUCUUUCAACGCGAAUUGGAUGCUAUUGGAUGGGGCCUGGCAGGGUUACGUAUGGCUGAUGGCUCGGAAGAUGUUGUUUUUGGCGAAGAGGCAGCAGGUGUCAAUGGAGCCUACCCCAUGGCUAACGGCGAAAUCAACAAUCUCAACGCUGGCAUGACAGCCUCGGGCGGCGCGGGGGGAGCCACAGGUGCGGGCCCAGGAACACCCCAGACCCCAAUCCCCCAGCCGCAAUGGGUUGUUGCAGACGCAGCCGCGCUGGACAAUUGGCAAAACAGUUAGGGACUUGCUGGGAGACCGGGCACCAAAUUUGGCGACUGCGAUUUGCACGAAGGGGAGUGCAGCCAUCAGGCACCAGAUUCGAAUGAGAGAUGGUUGGGUCUGAAUGAGGAGUUGCGAGACGUUUUGCGGAGGGUGAACCUAGAUCGCUGGGAACCGGGGGAGUGAGAUCUGGGGACUGCUAGACAGGCAUUCAGAUGCGACGACGAACAAGUUUCUGGAUGGACCGCAUCAGAAACUCGGCCAAGAGCAGCGUCCAAGUUAACUUCCCAAACCAGGGUCGGCUCGGUGUGCGUAGUCGGUGCUCUGGGUGGAAGAAAGCAGUUAGUAAUCCUAGACUCAGCCUUGCC